UCCUUUCCCCCUACCAUAAACGUCACUAGCAUAGUUAGCUGCAUUGCCACAAAACCCUUCCCCUCAUUUCCCACCUCAAAAAACCCAACACUAUGGCGGCCUUUCACUUCACUCCAUCUCCUUCUUUCACUCUCCCAAAACAACGACACACAACCAGACUCUCUGCUUCCUUCCAGCUCAAUAUCCGGCCCCGCCACCUGUCACGGCGAUCCUGCACCGUCGGAUCCUACAAGGUGGUGGUAGAGCACGAGGGUUUGUCUACUGAGCUUGAGGUGGAGGCUGAUGAGACCAUUCUAGAAAAGGCAUUGGAGUCUGGGCUAUCUGUGCCGCAUGAUUGCAAGCUUGGGGUGUGCAUGACUUGCCCUGCACGGCUUGUGAGUGGGAAGGUUGAUCAGAGUGAAGGUAUGCUGAGUGAUGAUGUGGUGGAAGGUGGGUAUACCUUGCUGUGUGUAUCGUACCCACAGUCGGAUUGUCACAUUAGGACCAUUCCAGAAGAUGAGCUGCUAUCUCUGCAAUUAGCAACAGCUAAUGACUGAAAUUUUGGAUUUUGGCAACUGGGUUUUUGAUUUGACCCAUGUUUGUAUUGAGUUAUGUUUUGUUUUAUCAAUUAUAAAUGGUAUGUGCUGCUGCUAUCAGUUUGUGUUUUGUUUUAGUCAUAUGAUUGGAUAGGCCUUUGAAUGGAUUGGUUAUUA